AUUUCGGACGCCUCCACGAUAUGUAGGCACAAUCUUCACUUUCAGCGCGGAUAUAACUCUAGCAUUCACAAAUACUAUCUCCACACCUAGAGGCGUUCACGUGCUGUCACCGGGUCAAAGAGCAAAUCGAACAUAAUCAGCCGACACUUGAUUCACAUUUUGACUACAAUUAUUUUCCAAUUUCAUCCUAUUCACGCCUUGUCAAACAAAUUAAACGGUCAAGAUAAAGAUCCGCGGGAUCCAUCGUUCACGCAAUCAGUUCAUAAUAUAGACAGUGCGAAACAGCUAAAAACGUGUGAAAGUGGGAUCUCUUAUAUAAACGCCAACGUGACACGUGUCGUCUGCUAGUUUAGUCACUCUUCUGUCAAAGAAGGUACGUUUUAGUCUCCACGCAAAGAUGGCCGCGCCCAGUGAGAAACUUAUGAAACUUCUACCUUUGAUCAGAGAUUAUGCACGUUCUUUCAAUGGGACCUAUGGACAUUCGCUUCGGGAAAGAAAUCUCAGUCAAUUGAGAACUCGGGGGAACAAGAUAGGGAAGACAGCAGCACAACUUCAUUGUCAGCCCAAAAGGCCAUCAUCCUGCACCAAACUGCCACUUGUCUUCAUACCAGGACUGGCAGUGGUUAAGGCUGUCAGUUUUGGAUUUGGGAACUCUGCGCCAGCUGCUAAAGAAUCCCCACCAAGUAACCCAGGUGCUGCCAAAACCCAGACAAUCAUUGCUGAAGCUGACCGCCUGUAUGAAGACAAUGAUCCGAUCCAGUUGUAUAAUUACCUCAUUCAGUUCAAAGACAUUGAAAACGAUGGAAUCCUGUGGCGCCUUGCCAGAGCUGCUUGUGAUAAAGGAAAGUUUCUCGGGAGAAAGGACAAAACGCAGCGACGUGUUUGUGUUUAUGAAGCAUUCGAAUAUGCUAAGAAGGCACUAGCAUUAAACAAAGAAAAUUUUGCAUGUCAUAAGUGGUAUGCAAUACUGCUGGACUACACAGGGGAAUAUGAAGGCAUGAAGCAGAGGAUAUCCAAUGCUUAUACAGUCAAAGAACAUUUCCUGAAAGCAAUAGAGCUGAACCCAAGAGAUUCUACCUCAAUGUACUCAGUGGGAUACUGGUGCUAUGCAUUUGCUGACCUGGCGUGGUACCAGAGGAAUAUAGCUGCUGCGCUGUUUGCCUCCCCACCCAAGUCUACCUAUGAAGAGGCUCUGGGGUAUUUCCAGAAGGCAGAGGAAGUUGACCCAGGGUUCUACAGCAUGAACCUGGUGAUGUUGGGAAGAACGUACAUGCAUCUCGGAAAACCUGAACCUGCAACCCACUACCUGAAGAUGGCCAUACAGUACCCAGUCAAGACAGCUGAUGAUGAACAGGCUCACAAAGAGGCUCAAGAAUUAUUGAAGAAGUUAGGAGUUAAGCAGUGAAACCUUCCAUUCAUUUCAAACAAAAUGUUAAAAAUCAGUUAUUUUUAAUAGAUGCACUCUGUGGUAUUUAUGAACUUAUAUCAUAUUCAUUAUUGUAUGGAACACACUUCUGUCUUCUGUCACAAAUAUGUUUUAAAACUGUUGAUUCAAAAUAAUGGAUCUUUCUGUGAAUGAGAGUGAGUGAGUGAGUUGGGUUUAAUGCCGCUUUUAACAGUAUUCCAGUUAUAUCACGGCGUGUCAGCUUAAUGUGGGAGGAAAGCCCAAAGUGAUGCAGGUCUC